AGAGCAUCCCAGCCUAAAGUAUCACAAGCGCAUGCGCAGUGUCCUGAGCCGGGAUGGGACAAAUAGUACCUGAUAGGCCUUCCCGCCCCUAGAGGGCGACAAUCGAGCCCGCCCCGGCACCUUGACCCGAGCGCGUCCUUUUGUUUCCCCCAGUACUCAGGACAUUGGAAUCCGGCGCAAAAUAACUUCUUUAGCUUUGAGGCUCUAGAUACCUGGCUACAGCGAGACAGAAAAAGGAAAAGGGUUGGCAGGGAGCUGACCGGCCCUCGGAAAUCCUCCAGCUCUGUAAAGCGAAACUUCCUUGCCGUUCUCAAGAGGUGAGACGUUCAUGGAGCUGGUCCUGUCGCAGCUGUGCGGUACCAGUGCGGCGCGGCCGCUCCCGCUGUGGGAAGGAGGCACCACCGGCCAUUGCUUCACCCAGCUGGUGCUCAGCGCCCUGCCCCACGCGCUCCAGGCCGUGCUCAGUGCCUGCUACUGGGGCACUCCGAGGAGUCCAGAUCACAUCCUGCCCUCCAGUCCUGGAUGGCGCCUCCGAUUUGCAGCUGCCUUCCUGCUCUCCAUUCUCCCACUGGUAGACCUCCUUCCAGUUGUUCUGCCGCCAGGGGCAGGCCCAGGUCCCAUAGGGCUGGAAGUGUUAGCAGGGUGUGUGGCAGCAGUGGCCUGGGCCAGCCAUAGCCUGGCCCUGUGGGCACUGGCACAUUCCCCUAGGGGCCGUUCACGGGGACCCUGGGCUCUGGCUCUGGUGGCCUUUCUGCCAGCCCCUGCCCUGGUGCUGACCCUGCUGUGGCAUUGCCAACAAGGCACCUUUCUGCCCCCACUGCUUCCAGGGCCCCUGGCCCGUCUGUGUCUUCUCAUUCUGCAGCUGGCAGCAGUCUUGGCCUAUGGCCUGGGCUGGGCAGCCCCUGGGGUACCACCACCAGAACCCUGGACACAUGAGCCCUUCUUGUCUUCCAUGGGCCGAGAACCCGAGGUGGCUGAAGAUGGAGAGAGUUGGCUGUCACGCCUUUCCUAUGCCUGGCUGAGCCCCUUGCUGGUCCGAGGGGCUUGUGGAGAACUGCGGCAGCCCCAGGACACUUGCCACCUUCCCCACAGGCUGCACCCAGCCUAUGUAGCCCGUGCCUUCCAGGCACACUGGCAGAAAGAGGCCCAGCUGUGGAGGUCCCUGUACGGGGCCUUUGGUCGGUGCUACCUGGCCCUUGGGGUGCUAAAGCUGGUGGGCACCAUGCUGGGAUUCUCAGGGCCACUGUUGCUAUCCCUGCUCGUGAACUUCUUGGAGGAAGGGCAGGAGCCACUGAGCCAGGGCCUGCUCUAUGCCCUGGGGUUAGCUGGUGGUGCAGUGCUUGGCGCUGUGCUGCAGAAUCAGUAUGGCUAUGAGGUGCGGAAGGUGACCCUCCAGGCCCGGGGUGCAGUGCUUAACAUACUGUACCACAAGGCUUUGCACCUGGGGCCCAGGCGCCCUCCUACUGGGGAGGUGCUCAAUCUACUGGGCACUGACUCUGAACGGCUGCUUAACUUCACUGGCAGCUUCCAUGAGGCCUGGGGGCUGCCCCUGCAGCUGGCCAUCACCCUCUACAUGCUAUACCAGCAGGUAGGCCUGGCCUUUGUGGGUGGACUGGUCUUGGCACUGCUUCUGGUUCCCAUCAACAAAAUAAUUGCCACCCGUAUCAUGGCCAGCAACCAGAAGAUGCUGCAGCACAAGGAUACACGGGUUAAGCUCAUGACAGAGCUGCUAAGAGGCAUUCGUGUCAUCAAGUUCUUCGGCUGGGAGCAAGCAAUGGCAACCCGGGUAGAGGGCUGCCGGGCCCAAGAACUGGGGCGGCUGCGGGUCAUCAAAUACUUGGAUGCAGCCUGUGUGUACUUGUGGGCUGCCCUGCCAGUUGUCAUCUCCAUUGUUAUCUUUAUCACCUAUGUCCUCAUGGGACACCAGCUCACUGCCACCAAGGUGUUCACGGCCCUGGCCUUGGUGCGCAUGCUCAUUUUCCCCCUCAACAACUUCCCCUGGGUCAUCAAUGGUCUCCUGGAAGCCAAAGUGUCCUUGGACCGGAUCCAGCAUUUCCUUGACCUUCCAGACUACAACCCCCAAGCCUACUAUAGCCCAGAACCCCCCACAGAGCCAUCUACAGUACUAGAGCUGCACGAAGCCCUGUUCUCCUGGGACCCCACUGGAACCAGCCAGGAGACCUUUAUCAGUCACCUUGAAGUGAAAAAGGGGGCGCUGGUGGGCAUCGUGGGCAAGGUGGGCUGCGGGAAGAGCUCGCUGUUGGCUGCCAUCAUAGGGGAGCUGCACAGGCUGCAUGGCCGGGUGGCAGUAUGGGGGCUGUCCAAGGGCUUUGGCCUGGCCACCCAGGAACCCUGGAUCCAGUUUGCCACCAUCCGAGACAACAUCCUGUUUGGGAAGACAUUCGAUGCCCAGUUAUACAGCGAGGUGCUAGAGGCCUGUGCCCUCAAUGAGGACUUGAGCGUUCUGCCUGCUGGAGACCAGACUGAGGUGGGGGAGAAGGGUGUGACCCUCAGCGGGGGACAGCGGGCCAGGAUUGCCCUUGCUCGAGCUGUGUACCAGGAGAAGGCACUCUACCUCCUGGAUGACCCUCUGGCUGCUGUGGAUGCAGAUGUGGCCAGCCACCUGCUGCACAAGUGCAUCCUGGGAGUCCUCAGCCACACCACACGGCUGCUGUGCACACACCGCACUGAGUAUCUGGAGAAGGCUGACCUGGUGCUGCUCCUGGAAGCUGGACGCCUCGUCCAGGCUGGGCCUCCUUCUGAGAUUCUGCCAUUGGUACAAGCUGUCCCCAAAACCCAGGCUGAGGAUGGACAAAUGCCUGGCUCAGCCAGGGCCUCACUGGUACAGAGCCCGGAGGCCACAAGCGAGGGCCUGGAGGUGGAGCAGAGCACCUGUGGACGCCUGCUGCAGGAGGAGAGCAAGAAGGAGGGCGCUGUGGCCUUGCACGUAUACAGAGCGUACUGGAGGGCUGUAGGCUGCGUCCUGGCGCUCCUCAUCCUCUUCUCCCUGCUCCUCAUGCAAGCCACACGAAAUGCCGCGGACUGGUGGCUGUCCUAUUGGAUCUCCCAGCUGAGGGCAAGAGGGAAUGGCUCUGGGGAGGUGCUGGCUUCUGCCACUCAGGGCACCUCGGGGCUCCUCUUCUCUCCUGGCAGCCUCUGCACCCCAGUGUUCCCACUGCCCAAAGCAGCUGCCAAUGGCUCCUCCGAUGUCUCUUUCUACCUCACCGUGUAUGCAACCAUUGCUGGUAUCAAUUCUCUCUGCACACUUCUCCGCGCAGUGUUCUUUGCAGCAGGCACUCUCCGAGCCGCCGGCACCCUGCACCACCGUCUUCUGGGACGCAUCCUUCAGGCACCUGUGUCUUUCUUCGACGCCACACCCACGGGCCGGGUGGUGAACCGCUUCUCCUCUGAUGUGGCGUGUGUGGAUGACAGCCUGCCCUUCCUCCUCAACAUCCUGCUGGCCAAUGCGGCGGGCCUGCUGGGCCUUCUGGUUGUGCUGGGCUCUGGCCUGCCCUGGCUGCUGCUGUUGCUGCCACUGCUCAGCAUUGUGUACCACCGAGUGCAGCGCCACUACCGGGCCUCUGCGAGGGAGCUGCGGCGCCUGAGCAGCCUCACGCUGUCUCCACUCUACACCCAUCUGGCUGACACCUUGGCUGGCCUCCCUGUGCUCCGGGCAGCUGGAGCCACCUACAGGUUUGAGGAAGAGAACCAGCACCUGCUGGAGCUGAACCAGAGGUGCCAGUUUGCUUCCUACGCCACAGUGCAGUGGCUGGACAUCCGGCUGCAGCUCAUGGGGGCAGCGGUGGUCAGUGCCAUUGCGGGCAUCGCCCUGGUCCAGCACCAGCAGGGCCUCGCGAACCCAGGGCUGGUGGGGCUCGCACUGUCCUAUGCCCUGUCCCUCACGGGGCUGCUCUCAGGCCUGGUGAGCAGCUUCACACAGACAGAAGUUAUGCUGGUGAGCGUGGAACGGCUGGAGGAGUACUCCUGUGACCUGGCCCAGGAGCCCCGGGGCCGCCCGCUGCAGCCUGCCAGCUGGCUGACCCAGGGGAGCGUGGAGUUCCAGGAUGUGGUGCUUGUGUACCGGCCAGGGCUGCCCCAUGCCCUGGAUGGGGUGACGUUCCGUGUACAGCCCGGAGAGAAGCUGGGCAUUGUGGGCCGCACAGGCUCCGGGAAGUCGUCUUUGUUCCUGGUGCUGUUCCGACUGGUGGAGCCCAGCGCAGGACGGGUGCUGCUGGAUGACAUGGAUACCAGCCAGCUGGAGCUGGCCGAGCUCAGAUCCCAGCUAGCUAUCAUCCCCCAGGAGCCCUUCCUGUUCAGUGGGACCAUUCGGGAAAACCUAGACCCACAGGGACUGCACAAGGACGGGGCCCUGUGGCAGGUCCUGGAGCAGUGCCACCUGAGUGAGGUGGUCAUCUCCAUGGGUGGCCUGGACAGUGAGGUGGGCGAGGGGGGCCGGAGCCUAUCCUUGGGACAGAGACAGCUGCUGUGCCUGGCCAGGGCUCUCCUCACAGAUGCCAAGAUUCUCUGCAUCGAUGAAGCCACAGCCAGUGUGGACCAGAAGACAGACCAGCUGCUGCAGCAAACCAUCUGCCAACGCUUUGCCAACAAGACAGUACUGACCAUCGCCCACAGGCUCAAUACAAUCCUGAACUCCGACCGGGUGCUGGUGCUCCAUGCAGGGAGGGUCGUGGGGCUGGACUCCCCCACCGCCCUGCGUGACCAGGGACACUCAGUAUUCCAGCAGCUGCUGCAGAGUGGCCUGGAGGGAACCACCGCCCCUCCUGGGCAACCUGAGCUCCAGGUUGUAGCCCCCAGGACCACCCUGUCCUGAGUACCAGUGCUGGCGCAGAAGAGCUGGCUACUUGUUUACAUCCAUCCUCCUCCAAGGCUCUACCUCUUACCUCCUCCCCAAGGGAAUAGGGACACUGCUGUCAUCUUGGCAACCAAGUGUGAAGGCCUCACCCAGACCAGGCCUCUGUCCCGGUGCCCCUCGCCUCAGCCUGUAGGUGGGUGGCUGGUGUUUUUUUUUCUUUUUGCUAUAAGAGCCCAUU